AUCUUCAUGUGGGGUGCUCUCCUCAUGUGCCAGGCGGCGGUGAAGAACCUUGGGGGAUUGCUUGCCCUGCGAGUCUUGUCUGGAGCAUUUGAAGCGAUUGCGGAUCCAGCGUUUAUGCUCAUCACGUCGAUGUAUUAUACCAGAGCGGAGCAGCCAUCACGCAUUUCAGCUUGGUAUGCGUUUAAUGGAAUUGGUGUUGCGGGCGGUGGUCUUAUUGGAUACGGCAUUGGCCAAAUCAAGAGCUCCUUGCCCUCAUGGCGCUACGAAUUCAUCAUUGUCGGUGCUUUUUGCGCCGCUUGGGGAAUCUGCCUCUUCAUCUGCCUCCCCAAUUCUCCCCGAACUAUCUGGGGCUUUAGCCACGACGAAAAGCUCAUCAUGAUUGCCCGCAUGAGGCGCAACCAGACCGGCGUGGAGCAGAACAGGAUCAACUGGAAGCAAAUCAAGGAGGCGUACCUGGACUACAAGACCUGGCUCUUCACCCUGCUCGGCUUUGUGUCCAACAUUCCAAACGGCGGCAUUUCCAACUUUUCUACUCUUGUCAUCAAGGGAUUAAACUUUGAUACGCUGCAUACGGCUCUGCUGGGCAUUCCGCAGGGCGUGCUGGUGGUGAUUUGGAUUGGGUUGGGUGCUUUGGCAAACAAGUUUAUGCCAAACAACUGCCGUACGCUCGUCUGCGCUCUGUUCAUGUUGCCAACAAUUGCAGGUGCUCUUGGAUUCCUGCUUGCUCCUAACGAUGCAUACGUUGGAAGACUGAUUUGCUUUUACCUCACCGGUUCAUACCAAGCCUCAUUCGUCAUUUCGCUCUCUCUCAUCACAUCCAACACUGGUGGCCAGUCUAAGAAGAUGAUUGUCUCCGGCAUGAUCUGGUUCGGCGCCUGCAUCGGCAACAUUGCCGGCCCCUUCUUCUACAAAGCCAACCAGGCACCCUCAUACCACCUGGGCAUUGGCUCUCUCCUUGUUGCCAACUGCAUUGAGCUCGCACUCUUCUUCGUCUUCCGAUAUGCUUUUAUCUGGGAGAACAAGAAGAAAGAGAAGCUGCGAGCAGAGAUGGAGGAGCGGGGAGAGCUUAUCGCUGGCGAGUUGAACGCCACGGCGUUUGUGGACAUGACGGACAAGGAGAAUCCGAACUUUGUGUAUGUUUAUUAAUGGGGGAGAUUGCAUAAUGGCGCUGCUCAUCCCAAAGAAAUUAUGAUUUUCGUAUAAUGAAGCCC